UGAACAGCUGACAGAGAUGCUGAUGCAAAUAGUUGGGUAGUAAUUGACAGCAGUAGCCAAAUUCUUAGAGUGUGACCGCGAGCCUGCAAGUACCACAGUGUGGUACUUGAUAAACUCCUGCCAGCUUCUCUCAACUGAGGGCAAAUCAGAGAAGACGUUCAACUUUUAAGUUUAUGAAUCUCUGGCUUCUGACCAGGAUACUCUGGGCUUUUAACUUUGAGCUGUAAAAAUAUGCACAGAAAGCUCUGAAGAGGAAAACUGGUCUUUGAAUCACCUGCUUCCUCCAGAAUGGUGGUUUCUGUUGUCCGUGUUACAGUUCUAUUGAUGGAGAGUGGGCAGCUGCCUGCAGUUGGAGGGCUGAAUCAGGUCCUCUGAGCUGCUCCAGGGCCGCCUCCUUCCAGCUGGGCCAUCUUACCUGGACUGUCUAGGGUGGCAGGCUGUCCAAAGCUCCAGUGGAGAAGGAGGCCCUAUAGAUGGGAGGCUGGCAGUGUGAGGUGGAGGCCAUGCUCCCUCUGCGGGAGGACAGCCGGGAAGAGGGCAUCUGCCCCAUCUGCCAGGAGUGCCUGAAGGAGGCGGUGCGCACUGACUGCAGACACCUCUUCUGUCGAGCAUGCCUGGCCCAGCACCUGGAGAAGGCCUCAGCCUCCGGGGUCCUCAGCUGCCCCCUCUGCCGGAAGCCCUGUUCCGAGGGGGUCCUGGGGGCUGGCUAUACCUGCGACAGCCACCAGAAGAAGGUGUGCUGGUUCUGUGAGGAGAGCAGAUGUCUUCUGUGUGUGGAAUGCCGGGUGUCCCCUGAACACAAGUCUCACUGUGAACUGGCCAUUGAAAAUGCCAUCAGCCACUACAAGGAACGACUCAACCGCAGGAUCAGGAAGCUCAGAAAGGACAUCUGCGAGCUCCAGCGGCUCAGGGCUCAGGAGGAGGAGAGACUGCAGGCUAUGCAGUUUCAGGCAGACUGUAGGACCCACAGGCUGGAGGCUGAACUGGAGCGUCAAGACCGAGCCAGGAGACAGCUGGAUGCCCUCCCUCAGCAGCGGCCAGGCCAGCUGGAGGACAUGCCAGCAGAGGUGUCCAGAAUCCCUGGCAUCUCCAGGGCAAUGAUUCAACUCAGCAGCCUGGUCACUGAACUGGAGGGGAUGGCAAAGAAACUGGAUGCCAGCCUGCUGAAGGACGCCAGUGACUUAUUGAACAGGAGUGCUCCAGAGCAGUUAGAGGUUAUUUAUCCCAACUUAGAGAAAAGAAUCAAUGAAUCACUUAACCAGUCAUCCUCAGCAGCUCUGACCAGUUCAUCCCUGGACCAGCUCCUCUCAGACUCACCUCAACCUCCUGGCUCUCCUUCCCCCAACCUGUCCAGCCUCCCACUAGGUCUGCCCAGUGCACCCUCAGGCCUGCCACCUCCUGAACAUGCCACAGCUGUGAUCAGAUGCCUGACCCUCUGAUACCUGGACAAUAGUCACAGCCUCUCUCCUGAACCAGGCUCCCACUGCAGAAGUCAGGAUUCAAGACCUCCUUUUUGCCUGUGAA